AUGGCGACCUCACCGGUGCUGGCAUUCGCCCUCCUCCUAGGUGCCGCCAUGGCAACCAUGGCGUACGCUUCGGAUGGCUGCCCUGUCUGCAAACCUGGCGAGAAGAAGCAGAUAGACUGCUGCAACACAUGCACGUGCGUCGGCCCAGGAGUGUGGGCGUGCACCUUGAUGGCUUGCCCCCAUAUAAAAGAAGUGAAAACAAACUGUAAGCCUAAUAUAACAUUCAAGAACGACUGUAACAACUGCACCUGUAAUGCUGAAGGAACCAAGGCGUGUUGCACCACUCGUAACUGCUCCCUGCCAUGGCCGGGACACCCAGUGUGCAUUCCAGGUGAGAAGAAGUGGCAGGACUGCAACGAGUGUCACUGUGUGGGCGGAAAGCGUUGGUUGUGCACCGAGCGGCUGUGUCCCAAGGAAAACGGAGAUUAA